CGCUCCCUCUCCUGCGUUGGUCUGUUUCAUCCGCCAACUGGUUACCGGAUCUCCAGCGUCAUAAUCAUCAUCAUCGUCAUCAUUAUCUCCAUAACAUUAUAUAAUAUCAGAGACAAUUUUAUUGAUAUCCAUUAGAGAAGAAGGGGUGAAGGAUCAAGCCUAAAGAUGCAAUUGCAUUCUAUUACAAUGUAUAAACAGAAUAAAAUUAAACGAUCGGAUCUGGUGGACCAGCUACGCGAAUAUCAAAUUCGAUCGAAACUUGAUUGGGCUUCCCUCUCCUUCUUUUCCUAUAACACUAAACUUUCUUCUUCUUCUUCAACCAGGAUGGAUAUGGUGAUGUUUGUAAUAUGGGAAAUUCUGAUUCUAGCAUUCAUCAUUUCCUCAGUUGUCUCCUUGUAUUUCACACAUUUGAGGCUCACUUUAAUCUUUGCAACCGUCGCGUGGUUACUUCUGUUGUGUAUGAAGGUAACCAAGCAAGUUAAAUUAAACAGCAAAACAAAGCGAAGGAUGAUGCUUCCUUUAUCGAUGUAG